AUACCGCGCAUUGCCCUCCGAUUCACAUCGUCAAAAAAUUUUGGUCUGUGAACUUCGUGCGGAUGAAAUUCGAUUUGAACGCCAGCGAAAAUAUGCAAAAUAAAGUGAAAUACCAGUGCCUCGCGGACGAGGAGCGCUUCAGCGGAGAGUCCUGCAGCUAUUAAAGCCCAGAGAGCACUGAAAGUUCUGGGAAUUUCGCGGGAAAGCAAGCAGGAGAAGAAGAAGCAGGAGCAGCAGAAGCAGCAGUACAAACAGCAAAAGUGUAGUUGUGAUCGAAAAUCGAAAGUGUGAAGCAUUUUCUAUAAAUAGUGCAAAAUCAAAACCCAAUUCCCAUUGCAAACAACAGAGCAAUAAAGCAAUAACGAUAGAGCAAUUGCUACAUACAAAGGCUACUACACACAUCUGGAGCAGUCGAGCGAUCUCACAGAGCGCGUGCUCUGCAGCAAGUAGCAGGAUUAUCUGAAGGAGCAGAUCGUUCGUCUGGCCAAGAAGGAUCUGCCAAGAUGUCCUCGCUGGACGCGCGCAACAACUCGGCGAUGAUGAAGCGCGCCGAGCAGCUGAAGCGCUGGGAGGAGUCGGACACCAACCGCGCCGCCCCCACCCCCCGGCACGAGCACGGGCGCAGGAUUAAGUUCAGCUCCGGCUGUGUCUUCCUCGCCGCCUGCCUCUCCGGCGACAAGGACGAGGUCGUCCAGCUGCUCGACCAGGGCGCCGACAUCAACACCGCCAACGUCGAUGGACUCACCGCCCUGCACCAGACGCCUUCCUUUGCCCCAUGCCGCAUCAACUUCACAUUCACAUAUGUACGUAUGUGCUUGCAACGUUUUGGGCCUUCCAUUCAUGAGCAUUGACAACGACAGCACCACACCUGCACCUGCAACACAUUUUCAAUGGCAUGCGACACGAUGGCUGCGAACAGGAUGGGCCACAGUGGUUUAAAGUCUAAUAAAAAUGGUUACGAAAUGUAAUCUCCUGCAGCAGGUUACUUUUUAGGCGGCCUCAACUGCGCAGUUCUUAAAUAUUAAAUAUUUAUUACAAAACAGUAAUGAAACACACAAAAAAUGUUUUUAAAAAUGCUAUUGUUACAUUACAAUGUAAUGCAGGAUAACGUUUUUUUUUUUUCAUAUUUAUUAAAUAUUACUAAUCAUUUGAUGAAGCAUUCAUAAGCAUAGCUCAUGCCUAAACAGCAAGAAAUAUUAAAAAAUAAAAUACAGAAAAUUCAUAACCUUUGAACUUGGUGAUAAAUACUUGUUAUGCACGCGAAUGAGAUUGAAUUGUGUAUUGCGUCAACAUCAAUGUUUGCUUGAUAAAUAAGUGGAGGGAAUGAACUGCUGGUCAUGAUGGAGCAUAAUCAGAAGUGAGAAACCUAAUUCUAAAAUAUAUUAAAUAUUUAAAGAAUCACCAGUUCCACUGUUUACCGCCGCUACCUUGGUCUUCAUAUGAAUGAUGUUGACUGAUGGAGCGGCAGAUAGGAAAGCGCGAAUGGGGAGGAUGGGAGCAGGAGGAGGCUGUUGCAAGUGACCGUGUAUAU